GAGGGGACAAGGACGCAGGGGUGAGGAAGGUCAGGUUCAGGAACUCUAACUCCUUGCCACUCAAGAAAUGUUCUCCCUUUCAGAAUAUGCCUUGCGCAUGUCUCGUCUCAGUGCUCGGCUAUUUGGUGAAGUCGCCAGGCCUACUGAUUCCAAGUCUAUGAAAGUGGUGAAACUGUUCAGUGAACUGCCCUUGGCCAAGAAGAAGGAGACUUACGAUUGGUAUCCAGAUCACCACAUUUACUCUGGACUCGUGCGGACACUCCGACUUCUGGGACUCUACAGAGAUGAGCAUCAGGAUUUUAUGGAUGAGCAAAAACGACUAAAGAACCUUCGUGGAAAGGGGAAACCAAAGAAAGGAGAAGGGAAAAGAGCAGCAAAAAAGAAGUAAUGUUGGUCCCUCAAGAGGGAGAAUUUCUUCCUCAGUGACAGAGAGAAAAAGUGCAUUUAUUGUCUUUCCACAUAUUGGAGGAAUGUCAUCUUCCUAAAUGAAGGUUAUUUGGAGGAACACAGUCGUAUCCUUGUUGAAAUCU